UGAAGCUGUUUACAGCGCAGCUGACAUGCAACUGUUUCAGCACCACCUCGUCAAGUUCCAGGUUACGGGGUUAACGAUGUCGGGAACGGACAGUUUGGAUGCUCGUUUUGGAAAAUGAUUGCUGGGAACACCGACGGUACAAUAAUGGUUAGAAGAUGCCUUGUGACGUUCAAGCCGUUCAGGAUAUUCGUGGUUGGCAUUGGCUUCUUCAGCCUGUGUUUUCUAAUGACCUCCCUAGGGGGCCAGUUCUCAGCCAAGAGACUAGGAGACUCCCCAUUCACCAUCCGGACAGAAGUUCUGGGUGGUGUGGAGUCCAGGGGUGUCCUGAGGAAGAUCAGUGACAUGCUGGAGGUGAUCCUCAAGAGGAUGGACAGUCUAUCCAAGCUGGACAACGGCACCAGCAGUGACACCCGCCGCCUGGAUGAGCUCAGCUCGGCCAUCAACAGGUUCCAGCCGGCAGGCCUGGUGGAGAGGAUUCAAGCCAUCGCUCAGAACGUGUCCAACAUGGCAGUCAGAAUGGAGCAGAUCCUUCAGAACAGCAUGGCUGUCAACAGAGCGGUGCGAGAUGGGACAGCAGGCCAGUGUGAAGUGCCCAGGGACCCCCGUUACCCAGACUGCCCUGGCAAAGUAGACUGGAUGCGCGCCCGCUGGACAUCCGACCCCUGUUAUGCCUUCUAUGGCGUGGACGGCUCCGACUGCUCCUUCCUGGUCUACCUGAGCGAGGUGGAGUGGUUCUGCCCCCCGCAGGCCUGGAGGAACAACAGCAGCCCCCCUACACCUCACACACACACACAAAGGAGCAAGACAGCCAAAAGACAGGCCGCGUUCCGCACGGACCUCUCCUCCCUGCUCGACCAGGUGGGCGCCGGCAAGGAGUCCCUCAGCUUCAUGAAGAGACGCAUCCGCCGCCUGGCGGGCCAGUGGGCCACGGCCGCCCAGCGCCUGGACGGCAAGCUGCGCCAGCGCUGGAGGGAGCAGAAGAAGAUCCUGGUCCACGUGGGCUUCCUGACGGAGGAAUCCGGGGACGUGUUCAGCCCCAAGGUUCUGAAGGGAGGUCCGCUGGGGGAGAUGGUGCAGUGGGCCGACAUCCUCACCACCCUGCAUGUGCUGGGACACAACCUGAAGAUCUCCAUGUCCGUCAAGGAGCUCCAGGGGUGA